UAUAGCCGAAUUUGAAUGUCUAUUACUUCAUUCUCUCUGAUAUAAAGUCUCAUACUCUCAUUUCUCAUAUCCCCUUUGAAUUUUUGAUACUCCUGCAUAUCAAUUGAAAUCAAAUUAAAUAAUAUGGAUUCUAUUAAAAUGCCUAAAUUACCACUAAACCAAAAAUCAUUUGCGGGUAUUCCAGAGGCUGUGUUUCUUGAUGAAAUCGGCGCAUAUAUGUUUCAACCAGAAAAUAAUAGCUGUGAGAAAGUCUUGCAACGACUAGAUGAGCAACAUGGAAAAUACAGGUACAUGGCAUUCAACCUUGAUGCUAGAAGGCGAAAGCUAAAGCAACAAAUUCCAGACCUGCAAAAGUCAUUGGAGAUGAUCGAGGUUCUUCGCAGACAAACUGACGUUAUAGAAACUCAAUUCCUCCUUAGUGAUCAAAUCUUUAUUAAGACAGAUGUUGCUCCUACUAAACAUGUAUGCCUUUGGUUGGGAGCUAACGUUAUGUUAGAGUAUCCCUUGGACGAAGCUGAAAAGCUGUUAAAGCAAAAUAUGCACGCUGCUUUGUCGAACCUCAAAAGUGUUGAGCACGAUCAAGACUUUUUAAGAGAUCAAAUAACGACCACUGAAGUUAAUAUGGCUCGAGUGUACAACUGGGGGGUGAAAAAACGUCAAGCUGAUUCUAAAGACGGUAUAAGUACAGCUUUUUAGCCAAAUUGAUUCAUAAUAUUGUUCCCAUUAUUGGCACAAAUAGAAGAGUAACAAAUUGGUUUGCAAUUUAAAUAAGUGUUGUUUUUUUCCUCUUUUUUGUCAUAAUAUUAAAUUAACUACGUUUAUAUUUUUUCAGUCAGAAGAGACCGUUAAAUAUAAUUGUAAUUUUCGA